GACAGCGGACAGGCUGAAGGCUAAAACACCGACUCAACUUGCUCAACCUAAAUCCACUUUAGUUGCUGUGUGCAGCGUCAGUGUGAUAGGAGUUGGUGGCUCGGCGGAGUGGUCGUGGUGUGCAAGUUCUACGUGUACAAGAGGUUCACGGACAGUCAAAGUUACAAAUAUUGCAUAAAUUAGCCAAGUUCUGAAUAAAUAAAUGGCUCCGAAAGAGAGUGAAAAUGGUGUGAAAGGUUUUCAAAUGCGGCAACAAGUCCACAGAACUAAAUGGGAAACUUUUCAAUACGCAAUCUAUAAUCCUUCAACUAAAGAGUUUCUCGGAAGAACGGGGAAAAACUGGGGCCAACUCUUGAUCUUCUAUUUUAUAUUUUACGUGGUACUGGCUGCACUAUUUGCAAUUUGCAUGCAAGGCCUAUUGGCCACUCUCGACGACAAAGAGCCCAAAUGGCAGUUAGAGCGCAGUCUGAUUGGCACUAACCCAGGUUUAGGGUUCAGGCCGAUAUCUGAGCGGACGGAGGAAGGUUCCUUGAUAUGGUACGACCAGAAGAACGAAACCACUAUCAAAAAGUGGGUGAACCUCAUCGAUAAAUUUCUACAACCGUAUUUGAAGGAACAGAACGGCAAGAACUUCGAAAGAUGCGACUUUGAUAAACCUGCCAAUGAUUCUAAAGUGUGUGAAGUGAACCUGGACAAAUUUGGCGAUUGUUCGAAGGACAAUUCGUACGGGUUCAACAGUUCCUCACCUUGUAUUUUCCUAAAGUUGAAUAAAAUAUUUGGCUGGGUACCGGAGUACUACACGAAUGCCACCGAGGAAAUGCGAAAGUAUGACCCGGACUUUGCCAAAUUCGUGGCAACCAAUGGGGCUGAUCACCAGGUUUGGGUCAGCUGUCAGGGCGAGAAACCCGUGGACAAGGAGAAUGUGGGAGGGUUCAGGUACUUCCCAAGCCAGGGUUUCCCCUCGUAUUACUUCCCCUAUAAAAAUGUGGACAACUACUUGAGUCCUUUGGUCGCAGUUCAAGUUUUAAACACUGCCCCCAACGUUAUCAUCAGUAUAGAGUGUCGAGCUUGGGCCCAAAACAUCAAGUACAGUAGCAGCAAUUUGCAACGAGAGGGAUCGGUCCGUUUUGAGAUUUUGCGAGAUUAGUUUGGAACGAUACUUUGGCGUAGUACUUAUUAUGUUGUUUCGGUUAUUUUGUUUACGUUGAUAAAAUUAAUUGAUUAUGCUUAUAACUGUUGAUCAAUGUUUUCGUUUUUGUGUUACACUGUACUUAUCUUUAAGUUAUUUAAUAACGAUGUGUACGCUUUAGAACAAUUCGCUUUAACUAAGGAUAAUAUCUCUAGCCAGUGCCUCGUGCCUUGUGGAAAAUCAAUCUAUUUUUAAAACUAGGUAGUUCCCCUCUUAAGUACAAAACGUGAGAGUUUGUUAGUGAAUCUUAUUUUUGUAGCCACAGCGAUAUUACGAUCGAAUCUUUGUUUAUUUUCUUAUUGUGAUGUUUCGUGCUCAUUACAGCGGUCUGUAGUUAAUUUUUUCGUAAUCUUUUAGUUUGUAAGUGUGGAGUUGCAUUUGGAAAUACGUUGUAGCAGUUGAGGUUUUUAUGUACAAAAGUUUUGCCAUACAUGCAGACGUUUAUUGUAGUUAAAAACGCAUAAAUAAAAUUAAAUUUUGAAUCUCAAGCAGCAAGAAAUAAAAGAAAAGAAUUACAA